UGUAGGAAAGUUAUAGAGGUCCAAAGAAUGUCAGAAUAGUACAGAUAUCCCCCAAAUGUCAGGACAGUACAGAUAUCCCCCAAAUGUCAGGACAGUACAGAUAUCCCCCAAAUGUCAGAACAGUACAGAUAUCCCCCAAAUGUCAGGACAGUACAGAUAUCCCACAAAUAUCAGAACAGUACAGAUAUCCCCCAAAUGUCAGGACAGUACAGAUAUCCCCCAAAUGUCAGGACAGUACAGAUAUCCCCAAAAUUUCAGAACAGUACAGAUAUCCACCCAAAUGUCAGAACAGUACAGAUAUCCCCCAAAUGUC